AUGAACCACACCAACCAAGACACUUGCAGCACCACGGUCCCCUACAAAACAAUCUCCAUCGACCUCGGCGCCGAUGAUCAGAAGAAGCCCGAAUUUCUCGGAAUCAAUCCUAAUGGGCGCAUCCCCGUGAUAAUCGACCACAACCGCAACGAUUUCCCCGUCUUUGAGUCUGGCGCAAUCGUCUUGUAUUUCGCUGAGCACUAUGACAAGGACUCCAAGUUCUCAUUUCAAGAUGCAAAUGAAAAGAGCAAAAUGCUGCAAUGGCUGUUCUUCCAAAACGCGGGCAUCCAGUACGGUAUCGACCGCUACCAAAACGAGACGAAGCGGCUCUACUCUAUGCUAGAAAAGCGUCUGAAGGGUCGCGACUAUCUUGUGGGUAAGGGAAGGGGCAAGUACAGCGUGGCUAAUAUCAGUACAUUUAUGUGGGCACGGUUGAAGGAGUGGAGCGAUAGGAUUGGGGAGCGCGAGGCAGUGAAGAGAGGGCUGCUGGUGCCGAGGGAGGAGGAUCAGAUUGUGAGGUUGAGGGAUCCAAAUGUGGAGGACCCGUUUAAGGGGUGGUUUAUGAAGCGGCAGAAUGAAGUUAAGGAGAAGCAUGGGAAGUAAAGAUACAGACACAGAACAGUGAAGUGGAUCAUCUUUCGAAGCACAGAGAGAGUUGUUGCAGUGGAAGAGGAACAACAUGUUUAAACAUCCGAACGAACGGACUUGCCUGUGUUGAUUAACUAAUCUAACACUCUACUCAGGUAUAAAGCAAUCCCCCAUU